AUGGCGAUAGCCAUGGGCUGGCAGAAGCCCGACAAUGUCGCCGGCUCGUCGGCCCCGGCCAUUAUGGUCGGUCUCUUCGUCGCCUCUGGAGGUUUGCUCUUCGGCUACGACACUGGUACGAUUAACGGUAUCCUCUCCAUGACGGCUUUCAAGCGAGACUUUUCGACAGGCUACAUCGACAACGACCGAAAACCCGGCAUAUCCCCUUCCGAGUCCUCCAUCAUCGUUGCGAUCCUCAGUGCUGGUACUGUUCUUGGCGCGCUUCUUGCCGCUCCCAUCGGCGAUGCCUGGGGCCGCCGUAUAUCUCUGAUUCUGUCCAUCGGUGUUUUCAGUUUCGGCGGCAUUUUCCAAGUCUGCGCCCACAACAUUGAUAUGCUCUUGGUUGGACGGUUUUUUGCUGGAGUCGGAGUUGGGUCCAUUUCAGUGCUCGUACCCGUCUAUCAAUCGGAAAUGGCGCCGAAAUGGAUUCGAGGAACCCUUGUUUGCGCCUACCAACUAUCCAUCACAAUAGGCCUAUUGUCUGCAUCAUUUGUCAACAUCUUAACCGAACGACUCGAUUCUGCCGCCGCAUACCGAAUCCCCCUCGGUCUUCAACUCGUAUGGGCCGUCGUUCAAGCCCUCGGUCUUCUUAUCCUCCCCGAAACGCCUCGCUUCCUUGUCAAGAAAGGCAAGCCCGAGGCUGCGGGCUUGUCGCUGAGCCGCCUCAGACGUCUCGAUAUUACUCACCCUGCUUUGCUCGAGGAGCUGCAGGAAAUUGUAGCCAACCACGAGUAUGAGCUUACGCUGGGCCCCGACUCUUACAAAGAGAUAUUUUAUGGAUCACCUCAUCUCGGCCGACGAACUCUCACCGGAUGCUGCCUGCAGAUGCUGCAGCAACUUACGGGUAUCAACUUCAUCAUGUACUACAGCACCAGCUUCUUCGACGGCGUCAAGCUGGAGAAUCCGUAUCUAAAGGCUCUCAUCAUCAAUAUCAUCAACGUGGUAUCGACAAUCCCUGGACUCCUGGUCAUCGAAUCUUGGGGUCGACGCAAGCUUCUAAUGGUUGGCGCUAUUGGCAUGGCCGUCUGUCAGCUCAUGAUUGCGUCAUUCAGUACGGCCGCUGGCGACAACCUUCAGCAGGCUGCCCAGACAAUUCUCAUCGUCUUCUGUGCCAUUUACAUCUUCUUCUUUGCAGCAUCUUGGGGACCCGUAGCCUGGGUCAUCACGUCUGAAAUCUACCCUCUCAAGGUCCGUGCGAAGGCCAACUCGAUCUCGACUGCGUCAAACUGGCUUCUGAACUUCGGUAUCGCCUACGGAACCCCUUUUAUGGUCGGGUCAGGACCCGGAUACGCAGACAUCGGACCCAAGAUCUUCUUCCUCUGGGGUGCCUUCUGCAUUCUGGCAGUUUUGUUUGUCUGGUGCAUGGUAUUCGAGACCAGUAAGAUCAGUCUGGAACAAAUCGACGAAAUGUAUGAGCGUGUCGACUAUGCCUGGAACAGUACCCGGUUCGAGCCGAGCUGGAGCUUCCAACAAAUGCUGGACGAAGGAUGGUCACCCAGCGCUCAGCCCCCGCCAGAACACGAGCUGCAACAAACACAAACCAAUUCAUCAACCCAGACGACGCAAACGAACUCGAAUUCGGCGACGUCAACAAAUACUGGCGCUACAGGGAACUCAACAUCAGCAGAAGCAAAAAUGUUGUCGCAGAUGGGCAAUGUUGACUUCAGUUAUUGA